GUUCACUCUAAUGCAACGUGGAUCGGUCCACCAUUCUUCUAGUCAGGCACCGUAACACCUCACUCGUUCAUCUUGAUACACCAAUAUGUUCACCAGACUACAGGUGGAUACGAAGUUUCAGGCAAUCUCGAUAACACAGAUCAACUGCUUGUCGAUCCGCAAACAUGACAGCGCCGUUCGCGCGUCAAAAAAAUCCUGUAGACCCUGGAUAACUGAUGCUCUGUAUACGCUACACUCAACAUCUGUAUGUGAGUCGCGUGCUUUUCCUUCUCUUACCCCAGACUCAUCUCUUUACUUCCCAUCAUAUCUGCCACAACCAUGAGACGCAAUCUGUGCACAGCGCUCGCAAUUAGCGCUGGCAUUGCCACUGCUGCUCCCUUCGCGGGCGAUGCCUCAGAACCGCAUCUCCUCCGCACCCGCAACAUCGUAGACACAAUCUCGGAUUCCUACGACUUUGUCAUUAUCGGUGGCGGCUUGGCUGGUCUCGUCCUCGGUGCACGUCUAUCAGAAGAUUCCAACCAUACAGUGCUUGUCCUCGAAGCGGGCGGUGACGGUGACGACUAUCGAGAACGUAUAGAUACUCCCGGAGAUGCAUAUUACAAUUCCUUAUGGCCCACGCCACUCAAUUGGGCAUUCAACACCACGCCCCAGGCCGGCAUGAACAACACACAGAUGGAAUGGCCUCGAGGCAAGGUGUUAGGAGGCAGUUCCGCCAUCAAUGGAAUGUACAUGAACCGACCGGGCGAAAUCGAAGUCAACGCUUGGAAAGACCUGCUUGCAGGCAUGGAUGGCGCAGACAAUUGGUCUUGGGACUCCCUCUACGCUGCGAUGAAGACGAGCGAGACUUUCACUCCUGCAUCAAGCAGUAUUGCACAAGAGGCAGGUAUCAAAUAUGACGCCUCGAGCCAUGGUACCAGUGGGCCGAUACACAUGUCUUACCCUGGAUACACGUUUCCGUUAGUCGGGGAAUGGUCGGAUGCCAUGCAAACCGUUGGUGUCCCUGUCUCUCAAGACACGUACGGUGGGGAGAACUGGGGCGCCUAUGUCUCAACAUCUGCGAUCAACCCAACAAAUUGGACACGUUCCUAUAGUCGAUCUGGAUAUCUCGACCCACUGCCGCCGCGCUCGAAUUACGACGUGCUGGCAAAUGCCUAUGUCACCCGACUCAUCUUCAAUUCUUCCUCUCCAGCAGGCAACUUGACAGCAGACUCCGUCGAAUACUCACCAGAUGAUGGGGCAACCAAACUGACUGUUAAGGUCAACAAGGAGGUCAUCCUGGCAGGUGGCUCCGUCGGCAGUCCUGCAGUCCUGCUCUACAGUGGUGUCGGUCCGACGAAUGUUCUCAACGGGGCCGGAGUGACGGUAGUAUCCGAGCUUCCUGGUGUCGGCCACCAUCUCCAAGAUCAUCUCAGCGCUACAGUGCAGUUUGGCACCGAUGAAGCCACGGCUGGCUCGAUAUAUGCAUCCAAUGGAUCUGAGACGACCAACGCAGCCUUCCUAUCAUAUGUGAACUCUGCCGUCGCCUACGUCAACGCAACCAACAUGUUUGGUACCAGCCUCAGCAACUUGCAAUCCAGCAUCAUUGGAGAAUUAGACACUUAUGCCGCAAGCGCCGGCACGGAUGCCACUGUCGUCGCCGGCUACAAAGCCAUCUACAACACAACAGUCAACACUAUCCUCACAAGUCCCAUCGGUCAGGUCGAAAUGCUGAUUGGAAACAAUCUUAACGGCACUAUCAACAUCGGGGCAUCACUCCAGCAUCCAUACAGUCACGGUCAGGUCUACAUUAACUCUUCUAAUCCCAUGGACUAUCCCGUGAUCAACCCCAACUACCUGAACCACCCAGCUGACAUUCAGAUCCUCCGUGAAGGGAUCAAGCUGGCUCGUGCGCUGGGCCAGGCUGACCCUCUGUCAGGCAGCUUGACCGGAGAAACAUACCCAGGCUCCGAUGUGCAAACCGACGACGAGUGGGACGACUGGCUCCGCGAGGUGGCCUUCACCGAAUACCACCCCUCCUCGUCGUGUGCAAUGCUGCCCUUGGACCAAGGCGGCGUGGUCGACGCCAACCUGCGUGUUUACGGUCUUUCCAACGUUCGCGUUGCUGAUGCCAGCGUACCUCCGAUCGCUUUCUCUGCUCAUCUCAUGAGCGCCACAUACGGCCUGGCGGAGCAGGCAAGCACGAUUAUUCGCAACUACCACAACAUCGAACUUUCAGCCAAGUCCAGCUCUCACAACGGCACGACCUCGAGCAACAGCACAUCUACGACCUCCAGUAAAAAUUCUGCGUCUAGUAUCGCUUCGAGCGGUGCUUCGAAUACCAUUACGACCUCAAUUGGUAGUGAUGGCGGCUUCACUGUCAAGCCUUGGACACUGCUCACUAUUGUUAUGACAUGUAUUGUUUCUGGAUUUUGGUUAUGAGCAUUGGGCACCGGCACUCUUGUUUGAGCGGCAUCAUCAGGCGUAUGGGAACUUAUUUCUAUUGGGUUUGGACGGUCUACAGAUCGGUACAUGGUCUACGGGUUUGGAAAAUGGUUCUGACGAGCGGUAAAUAGUCUACGAGUUGUACACGGUCUACGGACCUGUACGUGGUCGACGGUUUUGAACCUGGAUGAUCGCCAUGAAUCACAUAGGGAAGGGUAGAUAAUUCACUAAUCAUUAAUCAGGAGGUCAAAACACCUUCGCUUUCGCAAGAUGCAUCUUCUUCCAUUCCU